UACGUUGUUAUGUAGACUGUUUUGGUUCGUCAGAGAAUAAAGUGGGUAAAUAAGACCGAAUCCUUUCUCUCUGUGCAAUAUCUUAUGGGCUAACAUAUUAUAUAAUCAGCCCAUUAAGAAAGUCCCUGACUUGCCCAAGAAUUCAGAGGAGGACGAAAUGUCAACUUUAACCAGCCUUGCGGUAACUACUUGUCUUUAUUCUAUAAAAUCAUCUCUCUCACCUUCCUAUCUGUCUUUCUCUCCUACCGUUUCUUCACAAACAACCAAAGCGAACCACCACAGAAAGAAAAAAAGAAAAAACAAACAGCUUCGUGAUCGUCAUCAUCCUCCGGAAAAAAAACAAAAUGGGGAUCGUCGUCAAGUCAUUCAAAGAUCAAUUCUCCUCUGAGGAGAGAUUGAAGGAGUCGAGCAACAUCAUUGCCAAAUAUCCAGAUAGAGUUCCGGUGAUCAUUGAGAAAUAUUCAAAUGCAGACCUCCCUGACAUGGAGAAGAGCAAGUUCUUGGUCCCACGAGACAUGACUGUUGGACAUUUCAUUCACAUGCUAAGCAAUAGACUACAGUUAGAUCCAUCUAAAGCUCUGUUUGUUUUUGUACAGAACACACUUCCUCAAACAGCUGCUCGCAUGGACUCUUUGUACAAUACUUUCAAGGAAGAAGAUGGUUUCCUCUACAUGACGUACAGCACUGAGAAGACAUUCGGCUAACCCAAAAAAAAAGAUUCGUUGCUUUAAUAUUUGAAAAGCUCGUUUUCUGAAUAAUCCGUUUGUUUGACAUAUUAUUUGUGAAUAAUGAAUGUCAGCUCUUGUUAGCUGACCUUUGUACAGAAAAGCUAAAAAAAAAUUGACUUUGUAAAUUGUAUUCAAUAAUAAAACAAUGUGAUGAUAUGAUUCACACGAAACCCUUUUCUUUGUU